CAGCAUGAGGCGCAUACUCAGUACAAUUAUAAGACAUUUCGGCUUGUUGGACAGAAAUCUCCCCUCCUCUCAUAACUGUCAGUCAGUGGGGGAACGAAGCGUUGUGGGGCUGAAUUUCUGCAGUAAAAAGGCGAGUGAACGCAGCAGGAUGGACCUGAGUAACAUGAGGAAGAAAUACAAAGCAGAUGAAGAGUGCUUUGAGGAGAGCCAGCUCGUGUCUCUGGACCCCAUCAAGCAGUUUGGGAACUGGUUCGAUGAAGCGACAAAGUGUCCUGAAAUCGGAGAGGCCAAUGCGAUGUGCGUCGCCACCGCCGCCAAAGACGGACGUCCAUCGGCUCGGAUGGUUCUCCUGAAAGGUUUCAGCAGCGACGGUUUUCGUUUCUUCACAAACUAUGAGAGCAGGAAGGGCGUUGAGCUGGACAGUAAUCCAUUCGCCUGCCUGGUUUUCUACUGGGAACCUUUGAACCGACAGGUCCGGAUCGAGGGCUCCGUGGAGAGAAUCCCCCACCAGAGCUCCUGCGAAUACUUCCACUCGCGACCGAAGAGCAGCCAGAUCGGAGCCGUAGUGAGCCGACAGAGCAGCCCGAUCCCUAACAGAGACUGUUUACGGCAGAAAAAUGCAGAACUGGGAGACGAGUACAAGGACAAAGAAGUACCGAUGCCCGACUACUGGGGCGGCUACCUGGUCAAACCGACCUCCAUCGAGUUCUGGCAGGGUCAGACCAACAGGCUUCACGACCGCAUCGUCUUCACAAAGAAGGAGGUCGGAGAGAAGCUCGGCGAGUUCCAGAGAGGAGCGGCGGGAGGAUGGGCGUACCAGCGACUCUCUCCGUGAGCGCCGCCACGAGACGGCGGCGGUUCCUCCUGAACGUCAUGUGACCUUAAAAUAAAAACAUCUAAAGGUAGUUUGUUAAACGUCUUCGAACUCAUCCGUUUACUGUAAAUCAAGAAAAGUGAAGUUUUCUGACCGACUCAUCCUCAUCAGAUGAUUCACAGAUUAUCAUUUUUAUUUAUCUUUUAGGGUGAAAUUAGCUGAGUUUCACAACCGCACGGUCCAGUUGUGAGAAAAGGAUCAGUUUAACCCCAGAAUAAGUGCAGACAGUUGCUGCUUCUCUGGGUACGGGCAGCAGCCGAACAACUCCUGCGAGUGGUUCCCUGUCAGCGCAGCACUGGCUGAGUUUUACAGCUCCUUUAUGCACGACUGAUGCUCGAGUCAAAGUGAAAAUAACUGGAGAAAAGACACGUUUAUUGGAAAAUAUUAAGGCAGAAAAACUCAAACUUGGUGCAAAAGCAGCAAAAGUGCAAAUAAAAAAAACUUCCUGAAUAUUCCAGAAUAUUUUGAGAUUAGAAGACAGUCUAGCUGCUUAGAAUGAAAAUAUAACGAAAUGAGGGAUGACUUAAGACUUUUGCACAGUGCUGUAUAUGAUUUGUACGUACGUUUUUCCCCCCCCCCCCAAAAUAAUUAUUAAUUACGAAUAAAACCAGUUCUUGCAGAAGGCUGUAGGAUACAUUUUAAAAAUCCAAACCUCCAUAAAUUUAAUGUUCUUC